GGAGGAGCGACCGAGAGCCGAUGAACAGCAUCAGUAGCUGCAUCCUAGAAGAAAACGGGCACACAGCACUUUUUUGACUUUCCCUUGCUUCUGUUUUCUUACCUCCAUCAUGCUCGCUGUUUGAUAAUGGCUGUCAGUGAGAGCCGUAUGUAAUAUUACCUGUCUGUGAACGGAAUCCGGCAUCUUUGUUCAUUGCGUAGGGAAGUCGUAUCAUUUGUUUCCUGCGCCAAGAAUUGCUGAGACAAGGUACAAUGAGCCCGCGAUGAGAGCAGCGCCGUGAGAGCGUGUGUGUGCGUGUGCGUGCGCGAGGAAGAGAAUGCCCCUGGCCCGCCGGGCCUAGCGCUGCCCAGGGAGGACCAGCGAGCGGGGGCCAUGUCCCACCUCCCCGCCCCCCACCAGCGCGGCCCCCACCUGCGCGGCCCCCAGGGCCGGGCCAUGAGCGCCGAGGAGAGGAGCUCCACCCCCGCCCACAAGACCUCCACGCCCACCCACAAGAGCAUGUCGUCCUCCUCCUCCUCCCAGAGGGACAGCCGGCAGGAGGCGGACAGCUGGGAGAUCAUCGAGGGGCUGAAGAUCGGCCAGAGCAGCGUCCUGAGGCCCGAGAAGCACGAGGGCUACAUGCUGAAGAAGAGGAAGUGGCCUCUGAAAGGCUGGCACAAGCGCUUCUUUGUCCUGGACAACGGCAUCCUGAAAUACUCCAAGUCUCCUAUUGAUAUUCAGAAGGGCAAGCUGCACGGCAGCAUUGACGUGGGCCUCUCUGUCAUGUCCAUUAAGAAGAGAGCCCGCCGCAUCGACCUGGACACAGAGGAGCACAUCUACCAUCUGAAGGUCAAGUCUACUGACAUCUUUGACGCCUGGGUGGCCAAGCUGCGCCACCACCGUCUGUACAGGCAGAACGAGAUCGUCCGCUCCCCCAGAGAUGCCACCGUCCGAACGUUCCCUCCCCCCCCGGCCCCCCAGGAGCCCCCCCAGGCCCCCCCCAGCGCUGGGCUGGACGUCAAGCAAGCCAAGCCCAGCACCCUACCCUGGCAGCCUCCUGCGCCCCCCAGCAGCACCAGCAGCCUGCCAGCCUCCUACAGUAACGGCCAGAGCAAGGUGGCAGCCUGGCUGCAGGAGUCUGAGGAGAUGGACAAGUGUGCUGAGGAGCUGUCUCGAUGCCAGUCCAACCUGAUUGAGCUGAGCAGGUUACUGCAGAGUUUGGAGAUCCUUCAGAGAACUCAGUCUGCCCCCAGCUUCACUGACAUGCAGACCAUGUGUUUAGACUUAUCAAAGAAAGACAAGCGCUUGAGCAGAAGAUGGAGAACUAAGAGUGUCGGCAAAGAUGCUAAAUUGCAACUUCAGGUCCCGCUGUCCGCCAGCAUGUCCCCGCUCCGCCUCCACUCCUCCAACCCCAACCUGUGUGCCGAGCUGGCCGACUUCCAGCCCCCGGCCCCGCGCCUGCCGGACAGCGUGGACAGUGCCAGCGACUACAUCAAGCUGCAGGAGGACUUCUGCACCAUCGCCCAGAAGGUCCACUCUCUGCUGAAGUCGGCCUUCAACACGGUGGCCAUAGAGAAGGAGAAGAUCAAGCGAGUCCUGUCUGACCAGGAGCAAUCGGCUCCCGCAUCCCAAAUCAGCACCCUCCGAAAGUCUCUGUCCCAGGCCCUCUCCCAAAACGCGGAGCUCCGAACCCGCCUGGGCCGCAUCCACUCCGAGUCAGUGCUGUCUGACCAGGUGGGCAGCGUGAAGAUCAUCUCCCCACACGACGAGGCCAGCGAGCAGAUCGGCAUCCCGCUAACCCAACAGGCGUCCAACGAAAGCCGACUGUCCAUGUCCGAGUCCGUGUCGGAGUUCUUCGACGCCCAGGAAGUGCUCCUGUCGGCCAGCUCUUCGGAGAACGAGGCCUCAGACGAUGAGUCAUACGUCAGCGACGUGAGCGACAACAUUUCCGAGGACAACGCCAGCGUCACCGACAACGUCUCCAGACAAAUGGCCAACGGAGACUUUGCGAGCAGUGCCUUCCGCAACGGGCGCCGCACCUGCCUGCCCGCCCCCUCCCCGGACACCAGCAACAUCAACCUGUGGAACAUCCUGAGGAACAACAUCGGCAAGGACCUGUCCAAGGUGUCCAUGCCAGUGGAGCUGAACGAGCCGCUCAACACCCUGCAGCACAUGUGCGAGGAGCUGGAGUACAGCGAGCUGCUGGACAAGGCCGCAGAGACCCACGACCCCUUCGAACGCAUGGUCAUCGUCGCUGCGUUCGCAGUGUCUGGAUAUUCCUCCACGUACUACCGCGCGGGAAGCAAGCCAUUCAACCCUUUACUGGGAGAGACGUACGAAUGUAUCAGGGAAGACAAGGGCCUCUGUUUGUUCUCAGAACAGGUUAGCCACCAUCCACCCAUCUCAGCUUGUCACUGUGAGUCCAAGAACUUCACCUUCUGGCAAGAUGUCAGGUGGAAGAACAAGUUCUGGGGGAAGUCGAUGGAGAUCCUGCCGAUCGGGACGGUGAACGUCAUGCUGCCCAGUUUCGGCGACCACUACGAGUGGAACAAGGUCACCACCUGCGUUCACAACAUCUUGAGCGGCCGGCGGUGGAUCGAGCACUAUGGGGAGAUCACCAUCAGAAACAUCCGGGGCAGCGCCUGCAUCUGCAAGCUCACCUUCGUCAAGGGAAAUUACUGGAGCUCCAACGUAAACGAGAUCCAGGGCUUCGUGAUGGACCAGGAAGGGAAGGUGGUCCAUCGACUGUUUGGCAAAUGGCACGAGGGGCUCUACUGCGGAGUCCCGCCCUCGGCCAAAUGUGUGUGGAGGCCAGGGUCCAUGCCCACAGACUACGAGCUGUACUACGGCUUCACCAGGUUCGCCAUCGAGCUCAACGAGCUUUGCCCCGAGAUGAAAGACGUCCUCCCCCUCACCGACGCCCGCUUCAGACCUGAUCAAAGGCACUUAGAGGAGGGGAACGUGGAGCUGGCGGCGUCCGAGAAGCAGCGCAUCGAAGAUCUUCAGAGGACCAGGAGGAAGUAUCUGGAGGAGGGCGAAAUCAAACACCAGCCACGCUUCUUCAAGAAAGUGGUCGAUGCCAACCAGAGAGAGAGAUGGGUUUCCAACAACACCUACUGGGAGCUCCGUAAAACCCCCGGCUUCAUCAACAUGGAGAACCUUCAACUCUGGUAGCUGAGGAAACGCUCCACUCACCAUAUCCCCUUCGCAGACAGAGAGGCUGUUACCUAUGCACAAUGAGGUUUUCAAAACAAAACUAGUGACAAGGUGGUGGCACGCUCGGUUACUAAGGGACAGUGGCACCAGAGACGCGUUGAUGUUUCUGAUAUCCUGACGACGGACAGACGACGUCAACAGACUUUUCCUUGGUUCACCUUCAUUUUGCUUGCAGAAGCCGGGUGGUCAGGGCAACUAUUUGACCACGUAGAUCUCUCCUAAGCCGUAUUGACUUCCGAUUAUGUCCUUGCCUUAAAAAGUCGCCUAUCCACACCAACACAUUGGGAAGCUUUUAGUGAACGCCACUUGAUUUCUGAAAGCGGUUUAGUUGAAACUAGUGUUUGAAUUAGGACUUUUGAUUACCUACUGUAUGUAAAAUGCAUGUUUAGAGUGCAGCUUUGAUUGGCAUGUCUAUGCCAUAUUUACUAUAUCCACCUAAUUUGUUGUAGAAAAAAAUAGAUAUUUUUGUAAAAUAUCUUCAACAUGACAGAAUUUACACACAAAAAAAGGUAUUCGUGAGAAUUGGCAGAUAUCAUUUAUUUAGAUUUUUUCCUUUGCUUUUGUUAAAAAAAUGCAUCAUUGCUGUUCUCUCCUGGGACACACCGUUGUUUAAAGUUGAAAAGUCUUCUCUCACUAGCGUUGUUCAGAAACUCUCGAAAAGAAUUCCUCAAGUCAACCUCCAAAGGGGAUGAAGAUCUGUCUGGAGGGACAUGUGACACUGCAAAACGACAACAACCUGGUCCCUUCACACCAAACACCCCCAUCAGCACCAUUGUUGUGACUACAUGUACUGUACUGUACGGACAACACUGCUACCCACAUGCCAGCUCCACCACACCUGGCUCCCACGUCAUGUCAAGUACCACUUCUCUGUGAUUUCCCCUCGUUUGUUUGUGUGUGGCUGAAAGUGUACUUCCAGUGUUACUAUACGGAUGUGUGACGUCCCAUCGCCCCCCCCCCCCCCCCCCCCUGGCUGUGGAGACAUUCCUCCCAGGUUCCGUGACCCUGGGGCCCCCCGUUGCUGGGCUAAUUAUAACCCUUGUCACUGGUCAGGCUGUGUGUUUUCACCCACUGUGGCUGCGGGACUGUCCUGCACUCCAUAUAUAGAGGGGCAGCCCGUCACCUCCCCUACCAACUCACCCCUCACCCGAGUCCAGUCCUAGAGAGUCACCGCUCACGCUACUUCCCAGAAGGCCGUGCAGCAGGGACUGAGGGGGGGGGGGGGUGAACUCUCUGCUGAGCGUAGAGGUCAGAGCGUCCUCUAGUCUGAGUCACAUGACACCCCCUGCUCUCAGCUCCCUCCCGCUUACAGAACGAGGAGGUUGUGGACCUCUAGAGACCCCUACCGUCUGCUCCACCUACAUACAGGAG